UCCUAUUAUUUACUUUUAAAAGGUUCGGACAAUGUGACAAGAACGACAACGAAUCUUAAGUUGAAAAGUACGAGUAACAAAGUAAAACGAGGCUGGAUAUUCAGCAACAAAGUCGGAUAAGGGAGAAUCUAAUUAAGUUGCCGAUCUGCAGCAAAUUUAUCUAUUUCUAGUUUAUUUACUGUAAAAAGAAAAAAAAAAAAAGGUGUACUGUACUAGAAAGCAGUAACGAAUCAAACUUUUGUCUUGCCGUUUACUCUUCAAGUUCAAUUAAAAAAAAAAAAAAAAAAAAAAAAAAAGCCGUUUUCAAGAGUAGUAGUUGCACAAACUUACAUCCCAAAUCUAAUAAAAUUAUAAAAAAGUAGGUUGCCUAACAUCUUUGAUUUAUGUCUUGAAAUUACUAACUUAAUCAUAUUUCACAUGCUAAUGCAUAUGCAUGUGACUGUAGUUUACAAAGUUGACUGACUUAAUUAGCUACUACUACAUGUACAAAAUAUAAUACCAACUACAUUAUAAACAGCUCAUUAAGAGCUCAAAAGGAUCUCCAACUUACAGUCAUGGAGCUUGUUUCAACUGUUAAUGAUUCGUGGAAGUAUUUCGCGGCUGGAAGCUUUGUUGGGUUCACCCUGCUGCUUCUGUUUGCCUAUCAGGUGAACCCGUAUACGAGUUUUAUGGCUUCUCGGAAUACUGUGGUUGAAUUCGUCCCAUUGGAUGAAACUGAUGCGACUGUUAGUGUGAUCAAGCCUUUGGAGCAUUUUAAUAUCACUGUUAUUAGUCCGAAGAAUGAGGUGAAUUCGACAGUUGAAGAUGUCGUCGAGCCAGCUGAGGAGGUUGAUAAGGAAUGUAACAUGUUUGAAGGGAGGUGGGUGUAUAUGCCGGAUGAAGAUCCUGGAUAUGAUUCAACUAGGUGUCCGUUUAUUGAGGAGAAAAUGAGUUGCAGGAAAAAUGGGAGACCGGAUUUCGAGUAUGAGAGGUGGAGAUGGGAAGCUAAGGGUUGUGACAUACCAUUGUUCAAUGGAACUGAUAUGCUAGAAAGAUUGAGAAAUAAGAGGGUGAUUUUGGUAGGAGAUUCGCUAAAUCGAAACAUGUGGAUGUCUCUUGCUUGUCUUCUGUAUUCCUCCAUUCCUUCUUCUAGUGUUGAAGUGAGUGCAGAAAGUCCAGUUUAUAAGUUUUUGAAAGCUAAGGAUUAUAAUUGUACUGUUGAAUUCUAUUGGAGUCCAUUUCUAGUGGAGUUUAUUGAAAAACAUGUAAGUGGUCACAAAGUUCUUGUGCUAGACAAGCUAUCACCGAAUUCGUUGCAAUGGAAAGGAGCUGAUGUUAUGGUAUUCAACUCCGGCCACUGGUGGCUUCACGGUGGCAAAAUGAAAUCGUGGGAUUUGUUUGAAUAUGAGGGUAAGUUAGUAGAAGAGAUGCCAAUAGAGCUAGCAUACGAACGAGCCAUGACAACAUGGUCAACAUGGAUCAACAUCAACGUCGAUUCCAACAAUACAUCAGUAUAUUUCCGAAGUCUAUCAGCAGUGCACCACAGUUCAGACGAUUGGUGCUACAAUGCAACCCAACCUCUGGAGGAGGACUCAGUGAAGUCUGUCGCGCAAAGAUCUGAUGUACUCCUUCCGGUCAUUAAGAAGGUGAUAGAAGGGUUGAACAACAACAUACAAGUGAAGUACAUGAAUAUCACAAAAUUGUCGCAAUAUAGAAGGGAUGCACAUCCUUCAAUUUAUAGGAGCAGUCAAUGGAAAGUUAUGAUCAAAAAAUUUGAGAAUAGUCUAACAGGAUAUGCUGAUUGUAGUCAUUGGUGUCUUCCUGGAUUGCCUGAUACUUGGAAUAGAUUACUUUAUGCUUCUCUGUUCUUUAAUACUUCAGGGGGUAGAACUAGUCCUUAGAAUUUUUUUUUUGGUUGACAAUUUUUUUUUUUUGAACAGUUCUUGGAUUAGGUGAGAUGGAAAAGUUGGACAAAGGUUCAACUUUAACCUGUUUAGUGUUUACAAUCUACAAAAUAAUACUUAAUUUGUUCUUUUUAUAUAUUUAUAUAAUAAAAGUUGAUACUGAUUUGUUUAUAUCCCUUAAAUAAUUUUUGUGAUUUAUACA